AUGUCUGCAACUGCCACCCAAACUCAAGAAGUUACUCAGCUCCAAUUAAACGCUCAACAGCCAAUUAGACACGCUCUUUCUGAUGUGGUCAAGACUGAAGACUGGUCUGAUUUCCAAUUCACACCUAUCAGAGAGUCUACUGUCUCUCGUGCUAUGACCAGACGUUACUUCCAAGACUUGGACAAGCACGCAGUCUCUGAUGUCGUUAUCAUCGGUGCUGGUUCUUCAGGUCUUUCUGCCGCUUAUGUCAUCUGUAAGAACAGACCAGAUUUGACCGUUACCUGUGUGGAAGCCAAUGUUUCUCCAGGUGGUGGUGCUUGGUUAGGUGGUCAAUUGUUUAGCGCCAUGAUCAUGAGAAAGCCAGCUCAUUUGUUCUUGGACGAAUUGGAAGUUCCUUAUGAUGAUGAAGGUGACUACGUCGUCGUCAAGCACGCUGCCUUGUUCACCUCCACCGUUUUGUCCAAGGUCCUACAAUUCCCUAACUUCAAAUUGUUCAACGCUACCGCUGUGGAAGAUUUGGUCACCAGACCAGCUGGUCCAAACGGUGAAGUUACCGUUGCCGGUGUUGUCACCAACUGGACUUUGGUCACUAUGGCUCACGAUCUACAAUCCUGUAUGGAUCCAAACGUCAUCGAACUUGCUGGAUACAAGAACGAUGGUACUAGAGACGCCGAAAAGAAGCACGGUGUUAUCUUGUCUACCACUGGUCACGACGGUCCAUUUGGUGCAUUCUCUGCUAAGAGAAUUGUUGACAUCGACAGCACUAACAAGUUGAAGGGUAUGAAGGGUCUUGACAUGAACCAUGCUGAGGCCGAUGUGGUCAAGAACUCUGGUUCUUACAACAACGUUGGUUCCGUUUACUUUGCCGGUAUGGAAGUUUCUGAAUUGUCUGGUUGUAACAGAAUGGGUCCAACUUUCGGUGCUAUGGCAGUCUCCGGUAUCAAAGCCGCUGAAGAAAUCUUGAGACACUUUGCUUAA